ACUUUUCUGAGCGAACUCUUGCUUUCUUCUGCCGACGAUUGCAGCGGUAAGCUCCUGCAGAGUUAGCAUGGUAUUUUGCGCUACUCUACUUAACGAUGUUGUUUUUAUGUGCUAAAAAGCAUUCUUUGACAUCACCAACACCACUUGUAUAUGGCUUCGCAUCAGGGCACUGAAAUAACUCUCAAGACGCAAUGCUACCGUUUUCCCAGAAACGUUUAAGUGUUUUUAAAGACACAUGACAAGAAAUCCAAGGCUUGACUGUAUGAUGAAAGACCAGAAUUGCCUGAAAUGGUUGCCCAAGUUUCCCCCACAAGAUUAAGCAGCUUGACAGGUUCAGCACAACAUAAAAGGUCUUUGCCUUAUACGGUGAGCCAGCAAUGUCACAUGAACGUGUGGAGGCUUUUCGAGAGAUGCUGUGCGGCUACCAGCUGGAAUAUAUUUUUCACGAAGAAUCGGCACGGAAGGCUGAGAAAAGACUACACCUGGAGGGUGUGGCUGAAGCAUAUGUGUGCAGAGUUUCCCAUCACGAGAAAUUUGCCUCCAAGCGUGUGGAAGCAGUGUUACGACGCUCAAUUGAAGAAAUGGGUGACUGCUUUAGACCAUUGCCAGCUUCAGCUGCAUUUGCUGCGUUAGAGACAUAUGCAGCAAAUUUGCUAUUACAGUCGUGGCGGCCAGAAGUUAGACAGAUCAAACUGUAUAGUGGAUACUACAAGCACACUGUGGAACAGCACUUGAGAAAUGCAGAAGUUAUUCUUCAGCUUAUGGGUUAUGAUCUGUGUGAAGAUCAGGACAUGUUGCAGCUGAACAGCCCUGUUGAUCCUGACGCAGUCAUAAAUGUUGCUCUAGACUGCUUAGUUGCUGCUGCAGAAUGUCGGAUGUUGAUGUUCAUUAUGGAAGGCCUGAAAGACUCUGGCCUACCUCUUUCAUGGAGGGCCAUCUAUUCAUGUCGUCUGGAGUGUAGUUGUGCACCUGACGGGGCAGUUCGGAAUCUGACCCAAAAGUAUACACCAAAGAGCCCAAAGCACAUGUACACUCGACGUCACUGUUCUGAAUUUUUGCCACCACCACCAUGGAACCCCCCCACUGUUGAUGUUCACACAGGGUUGCUUGUAGAUGUAUCAAGCAAUGGCACCUGGCCUCAGCCAGCACCUUGCCACACUUAUUCACCUCCCAGUACAUCCCUUGCUGAUAAGGAGAACGUGAGACAUUUGGAGGGCUCUUCCCAGGGCCCUGCAGCAAUUACACGAAGUGACAAUUCCCAUUAUCGUAAUGAGGGUGUUGCACAUUCCCCUUAUAAAUUAAAACCUAAACGUUCAGAUGUAAUGCUCCCACACUUGGUUAAUUUGUCUGUGCCAGAUACUCCAUAUGAUAGCAUGUAUGGUGCAGAAAGCUUCCUUCAUGCCUCAUAUGGAGCUGGUGACAUGGGCUGUUUUUAUGGCAAUUCUGGAAAGGACUAUUAUUAUCCUUGCAAUGCCUGUUGUACGCCAGGCAUGCCAAAUGUGGGCCUCCCGUACAACUACAGACAACAUUAUUGCAAGCAGCGUUCUUAUCAUAAUCCUUGUGAUGGCAAUAGCUCAAUAGAUGACAGCCACCUUGCCAAAGAGCUGGCAUCUGUAUCACUUAGUCCACUCCUACCUCCUGCAGAGUCUCUUGUGAAUGGUCAUGUAUUGCUACACAAUGAACACGCAACAACGGCAAAUGGUGCUUCUCGGCGGUCAACAAGAAGGGAUGUAUGCUACGAUGUUACUGAUGCGGAUGCUGUGACUGAAGCAGCACAGCAGUACCUAGAUGCACAUGAACCAGCUUCAGUGGCAAAAGAGACUGCAGCGGUGAGCGAGAGCAGUCGAGCAGUAACUGACAUUCUGCCCUCAUCUAGUGAAGUGUGGUCCUGUGGGGCGUGCACUUUCCUUAAUGAUCCUGCAAGGGAUGUUUGUGAAAUGUGCAGCAAGAGUCGACGUACGGGUCCAGAGAUGACCCCUUUGCUAUCAGGUGGCAAACAGUGUCCGGUCUGUACUCUAGUUAAUGAUCGUGAUGCAAGGGCUUGCAAUGUGUGUCGUACCUCUCUGAAAGACUCCCCCACGUAUAUCUGAGAUGACAUGAAUUCUGACUGUAAUACACCUUUUAAUCUUUGAAGAUUUCUGAUAACGGCUUUGAAAAGAAUUUCUCCGAGAGCAGCUCUUGAAUAUAAGCACUAUCUUGUUAUAUGACAUAACCAACAGUCAUGACAAAGGUCUUGCUGUUUAUCUGGCUAAAAUAUUUAUACAUGUGCAUGAAGCAUAGAUCUGAUUUUAAUUAAGCUGUCUUGGUUGUGUUUCUUUUUGUGCUUGUUAAGGUGUAGCUGUUGAACAAGUGUUGUGAAGAGAGUGAAUCAUUUGUGGUUGUCUGAAGCUGAAUUUAAGACAUUUCAAAAUAUAACUGUGUGUCUACCAACACACACUAAAAGAAAGAGAACCGUUACUAUAUAACAUAUAGCUUUGUGGCACUGAACAAAUUAUUGCAGUGGUUGUGAUGUAGAGUAAGAAAUGAGUUCUCUCCAGUUGUUCCAAAUCAAAGAAUCUCCUUGGUAUCACCUUGCUGUCACACUGGCACAUAGACAUUAAGCAUAUCUAAAAACAACACUGCUUUUGACAGAUAACAUCAUGUUAAACACCCUAUUGGAUUCUGUUGCCUCACAAAACGGGUAUUACAUUUUGAGUGUGUUUGUGAUGAAAGAUGCAUAAAUGCUUGACCAGUGAUAUUGCAGUGUUCUGCUUGUUAUGGUUACCACCGUGUACUGAAAUUAUUAUUAUAGACUGGAGAUGCCAAGCUGUUCAAGGUAUUUAAAGCAAUGUACCAUUUAUAAUGUUUGUUAUCUACCAGCACAGCUGGACUUCUUUUGCACCAAGAGAUUAAGAUGAUAAGAGAUUGAUAAUGCUGACUGUUUUUAUUGUUUUAUAAGAAGCCUGUGGUGUUUUUGUUAUGAGAAUGUGCAAAACAAAUGUAAUGGGCACGCUGCUACAUUAUACAUUCUGAUAUUGCGUCGUGGUGCAAGGAUUUACGAGGGUUCUGCACAUCUUUUUUCAUCGUAGCAACAGUUCGUGUUGUACAAGUGCGGUGUUGCACAAUUGUUUGUAUUUUGUGCAGCAGUACUGUUUUGCGAAAAGAGGAAUAUCACAUAUAUCCGUAGCAAAAGGCCCUAAUCAAUAUCUAAAUGCUGCUGGUAUGUCCUGCAGAUUGAAUGUAGGAUGUUUCAAUUUGAGGCAAGUCCGACUAGGCCAGGGGUCGGGAACCCGCGGCCCAGCUGCGCUAUAGUUGCGGUCUGGCGCAGACCGGGCGCACGACGAAAAUCCCGGUGUUUAGCUGGGCGAAUUCCUAAAGCAAAAGUGCGCUCUCUGUUGCCUUUCCUACGCUUAAAAUUAACAAAAGGUGUUUGUUGUAUUCUCUAAACCAUAACUUUGUGAGCGCAACAAGCAAGCUUACAGUAUUAGUUGCACUUGUGGAACGGUCAGCUUGUCAUUCAACAGCGAUUAAUAAUUUUGGCAGGCUAAUUUAGACUUAUUUUCGAAUGCAGCCCCUGGAAAAAAGUUGACGGGGGGGAUAUGGCCCUUGGAAUUGUAGAGGUUCCCGACCCCUGUACUUGGCUAACCUCUCUCAGGAUUAUCCCCCUGUAUAUGCCAGUAGGAGUGUAAGGACUGCUCAGAGAUUGCAGCCAAACUGACCCGCACACUGCCCAAUGAGAAGUAUAGAUGUUGCCUGGUUUCAAGCUUUACACUGGAACUACCACAGGUGAUACACACAGAUUUGCACAGUUAAAUUAACAAAUCUCCCAGAUGCAGCAACUUACCAUUGUAUCAUUUUGCUGAUGCAGAAACUUUUGUGGCUCUCCAGAAGUCUACAUGGUUAAACAGAGAUAAUGCACUGUGCAGCUGUAUGUUCUUCCUGGUGCAGGAGAUUACCCAUUUUCCAAAAGCUACAUUAUUCUGCUCUUUCUUUUUACUGAAGUCUAGUCUAAGGUUUUCAAAAUAUGUUUGCUAAAUAUACAUAAGGCCACUCAACCUCACCCUGAAAACCCUAAUAAGCAUAGCUAAUUUUCUAGCUAUAUGCAGAGUGAUCUGACUUGCAUGUAGUUAGGUUUUUUAUUUUAUUUUGUAGUGAAACUUGUACUGUACAUUCUGUCAAAGUAGCAACAUGAGACUGUGCUGGUAGGAGAGCAUUUUAUAAAUUAAUUCCUUGGUUUCAGAGUAUUGCAGUAGUGCAACCCCCCCCCCCCCCCCCCUCGGCUUUUAUAGAUGCCAUGUCCUUGUGUGACCUACAUUUUAACCCACCAGUGUCCUGUGGUCAUGUCAAUAGAGUUUGUACUGGGUUGUGGUGUUAAUGUUUGCACUGUGUACAAAUUUGUCUUUAACUCAUAUGCCUUUCUUUCUUAUUUCCUUCUAUUAUCAGUAAUACCAGGUGGUAGCUAACAGAGGAGAGAGGUGCACACCCUCUCAAAAACCUUAAAGGGGUUGUGACACAUUUGUUAAAGUUAUGCUUGAUAAAUAUAGAGUACGGUUGUUUUCAUCGAUGUGAAUCUGCUUUUCAAGUCUAGCAGCAAAGUAGGUAAUAAACAAAACAAAAAAUCGUCACAGUGAAUACCGAAACUCCUCUGCCUGUGACAUCAUGGCUAGCAUCUCUGCCAGAGAGAUGGCCACUGGAGAGGCCACAUGCUUAGAAGAACCAAUAUGAAUUGCUGAGGCCCUCAUCCCUCUGAUGCCAGAGUGCGAUGCGGAAGUGUGUUCCGCGAUAUGUCUGGAAGCUUCUUUCUUCUCCUUCAGCAUGCGCCGGGAUGAGAUGUACCGUUUCGUGCCUGCCCUGGAAGUUUCUCGAUGAUGAUUCGUGGCAAUAUAGAUAGAACAGUAAAAAAAGCAGGGAAGCUGGUGGUGACUGACCUCAUUACUUAAGACUCCCCCCUGAGACUAAGGAAAACAGGAAUCUACAUCUGCUGAUUCAGUUUAAUUUCUCAUUCAUGAUUCUGAUCUGAAUCUGUUUCAUUUCUCUGUUUCCUCAGUCAGGGCUGUUCAAAGGUAUGUGUCUCACCAACUAGGUCACGUAGAAAAAGCUCUUUUUUCCGCAAUACUCUGGCAUACAGUACUACAUCUAUCAAAUUGUUACAACUCCUUUAAGGUUGAAAAUUUUGACAAUGUGUAAUAUACAUUGCAGCUGAAAAUAUUUUGUGUCAUUGUGCAUUUUAGUCAUCAAGAUGCUACAGUUUCUGCUUGUAAAGCACUCUGAAGCUUGUUGCAUGUUUCAUUUCACAGUGAACCAUGCAGCAUAUAGUAAUUUUCAUUCCUCAUGCUUGUGAAACAAUGGUUAUAGGUUUCUGUACAAAUUCAUCACAUGCCCCCGAACUUUAGAUACUCUCUUGUUAAAUUAUGGUGUGCUACAGUGCGCACGGAGAUCUUGCCAUUAAUAUUGAAUGAAAGUUAUGGUCAUGAGCCAUGGAGUGUUUUUCUUUUUUUUUUUUAUUCCCAGCCUGUUAACACAGAGUCUGGGUGCAAAAAGAGCUUGUUGGGCAAAUUGAUAAAACCAGACAGGAAGUAACACUUGUACCGUAAAAAAAAAAAAAAAAAAGUGUAUGGUAAAUGCUAAAAAAAUGUUGUGUUCAUUGGACAUAUUACAAAAUGCAUUCAGGAAUUAUGGUGCCUGCUGUACCAAGAGGUUCUGUCCCAAGAAGGGGUGAAUGUGUGUGUGCAUGUGCAUAUAUGUUGAAAAUGAAGUUUCAUACCUUUGAUGGCUUGAUGGAUAAGUGAACUUUAAAACCUUUUUAUUUUUUGAAAGUUGGAACAUGAAGUGGGUUUUGAAAAGCCUGCUUUGGUAUACCUACUUAAUGAACUUUUAUUAUGCUCUUUCUGAUGCUGGCGAUUAUUGUCUCACACAUUUUAUCUAUACAAAACUAGAAAACAGAGCAAGCAAUUUCUGCUGUGACUGGCAUAGUAUAUUCACCCACUGGACAAGCUUCCCUGGUAAUUUUAAAACAUUGUUUAAAAUGUCCCUGCCAUUACCAGUCUGUCUGAGUCACACUAUAGCUACUUUUACUAGUUUUUAAUUAUUGUGCAUGAAACUCAGUAGAAAACUUCCCAGUGGAGGUCUUUUCAAAUGUAGUUUUCACAUGUUGGAGUUGUGAAUGAGUUUGACUACCCACGUGUUUGGUUACAUCAUUAGUUGGUUGUGACUGACAGGGAAUAGGUUUUUACUGUUAAUGUUCUAUGAGAAUCUCUUAUUUCACUCAGUGCAGCACCAGGCCAGCCUAAGCCUAGCUGUGUGAAAUAUUCCUUUUAUUUUGCUCAUCCUACGGUUUCCUUGUGGCGUUUUGUGAUAGCAGUGAGCCAAUUAAUGUUUGAGAGCACAUCUGCCCAUAGUGGCCCACAGAUCACAGAUACACAAGUUUGAUUUCUUCACUGGUCUCUCUCUAUUUUUAUGGGAUGAAUGGAGUGAAUGCUAGAGGCUUUAGCUCAAAGAGAGGAAGAUGAAAACAAUUUUGUCAAUGGUCCCCAUGCCAAGCUAAAUGUUGCAGGAUCUGCAUCUCUUGCAGUCUCUCUUGUUUUACUGUGGUGCAGGGGAUGGUACAAGUACCACUAGGCAAACAUGCAAUUUUAUUUUGCAGGGGUGCAAAAUAAAAUUGCAUUCUGCAUGUAGGAAUGAAAGUAUCACACAUGGUCAACGAUAACAGAGAAUGUAAACUGGGGCCCAAAUUUGUGUGAUGUCUGGACCUACUGUGAGGUGUGGUUGGGGUAACCUUUGUAAUUCACCUUGAACGGUGAAUCUUGUGCAUGUGUGAACUGUGGUGCACAACCAGUGCUGUUGUAGCCUAGAAAUGCUGGCUUACAGGGUUAAUUGUUGUUGAGCCUUGUACAUCUUGCCCCAAGUGUGUAGGAAUUGCAAUAUGCUAGUACUUGUUUUGGCAGUGCGGUUUUUCUAGGUAUAAAUUCUUAACUACAAUCAGUAGUUUGGUGCGUAGUGUUCUUUUGCUUUUUGUCAACACCUCAUCAUGAAAAAUAUGGUUUGGAAUGAUUUUAUGCAAGAUUCAGUAGUUAGAAGCACACAUUUGCUUAAGUACUAGAUUAUUUCAUUCAUAGAAUUUGCAGAAAGCUGUGGCUGAUGGUGCCAUGUAUGUUGACCUCACUUGCAGGCCCUAUGACAGUAGCUAUGAACAACAAAUGUUGUUCACAGGUUUCUACAUGUGCUGUAGUGCAUUUAGUAUGUUCAUCUGCUUGGAUUCUGCAACUCAUUUUAGUCUUUUGUCUAGCUGAAACUGACUGAUGCAUGAGUCACAUUUGUACCUACAUUUUCUUAGUUGUGCAUGAAUUGGAAACUGGUAUUUUGAGUGAAUGUCCCCUGGGGCAGAUAUGUGGAACCAAAAUUCCGGUAACUAAGUGCUGGUCACCAUUAGUCUAGUGUAUAUGCCAGGAAUUUCUGCUGUUCCACAAGGUAACGUAUUAAAUCUGAAAAUGUGUUGUUGCCAUAUUUUUAGGAUGCGUUAUCUGCUUGAAAGGCUUAAGGUUAUUGCGCCUCAUUUUGAAGUUUCUCCAUAAUGCUGGAUUUUCAAUGAUUGUGUAAGUCAUGCAGUCAGUAUGUAUGUGUGUAGCUUCUGUCCAGUUAACAUGUGUUCUUUGCUUCAAGUGCAGAAUGCCUGGUAUGUGCAGGUGUUGUCCAGCUAGCGGUACUGGAUGUGGGGGUCUGUGCCUUGUUCUUCGGAGAUACAGAACUUUUGCUUGUGGCUCAUAUUGUCUGCAGAAGGUUUGGUGCAAAAUAAACUGGAGUGUUUGA